AUGGAUGUUGUCGCAGCCGUCUCGGGCUACAUCUCCAAGAUGGUGACGGCUGGCGAGUCCACCUCAGGGUCUUCAUCCACCAAGAUGAAGAUCCUGCUUCUCGAUAGUGAGACAGUUCCCAUUGUCUCGACCGCCAUCACCCAAUCAGCCCUCCUUAAUCACGAAGUCUACCUCAUUGAUCGCCUGGAUAAUGCUGCGCGCGAGAAGAUGCGACAUCUGCGAUGUCUGGUCUUUGUGCGCCCCUCUCCAAGCUCCAUUCAGCUCCUUGUUGAUGAGCUCCGAGACCCCAAAUACGGUGAAUAUUACAUCCACCUAAGCAACAUCAUCCGAAAGUCAUCGCUGGAGCGCCUUGCCGAGGCCGAUAGUCACGAGGUGGUCCAGUCCGUGCAGGAGCAAUUUGCCGACUUUUUGGUGGUCAACCCGGACCUAUGCUCCAUGAACCUGGGGUUCCCCUUAAGCCGACUCUGGAGCCAUUCGCCGGACCUAUGGAACCCGGAUUCGCUGCAAAGAGGCACGGAGGGAGUGCUGGCACUUUUGCUGUCCUUGAAAAAGAACCCAUUGAUCCGUUAUGAGAAGAACAGUUUGAUGGCCCGCAAAUUAGCCACGGAAGUUCGGUACCACCUUACGCAGGAGGAGCAAUUGUUCGACUUCCGCCGGACGGAUACACCGCCAAUCCUGCUCAUCUUGGAUCGUCGUGAUGAUCCCAUCACCCCGCUCCUCACGCAAUGGACAUACCAAGCCAUGGUGCAUGAACAGCUGGGCAUCAGGAAUGGGCGUGUGGAUCUGCAGGAUGUGCCAGAUAUCCGACCGGAACUCAAGGAAAUCGUGCUAGCUCAGGAUCAGGACCCGUUCUUCAAGAAGAAUAUGUACCAGAAUUUUGGUGACCUCGGUCAGAACAUCAAGGAAUAUGUGGAGCAGUAUCAGACUAAAACACAGAACAACAUGAAUAUUGAAUCUAUCACCGACAUGAAGCGGUUCGUGGAGGACUAUCCGGAAUUCCGCAAGCUCUCGGGCAAUGUGAGCAAACAUGUCACCCUGGUCGGCGAGUUAAGUCGUCGCGUAGGUGAAGAGAGCUUGCUGGACGUGAGUGAGUUGGAACAAAGCUUAGCUUGCAGUGAUAAUCACUCCAAUGAUCUAAAGUCCUUGCAACGUAUUAUUUCGUUGCAGAAUGUGCCCGCCGAGAGUAAGCUCCGUCUGGUGGCUCUCUAUGCACUCCGCUACGAGAAACAACCGAAUAGUUCCCUACCUAUCCUUCUUGACCUGCUCGUAACGGCCGGCGACGUCCCCUCUAACAAAGUCAACAUUAUUCCCAAACUUCUUGCCUACCACCACUCUCUACAAGCGCCGCCAGUGGCAGGUGGAUUUUCAGAUCUUUUCGAAUCCACGUCAUUCUUCUCUGGAGCUCGUGAUCGGUUCAAGGGUCUAAAGGGUGUUGAAAAUGUCUACACUCAACACUCGCCUCGAUUGGAGGUGACUCUCCAGAAUUUGAUUAAGGGCCGCUUGAAGGAAAUGCAAUAUCCAUUCCUGGAGGGCAGCGGUCACACCCGUGACAAGCCUCAAGAUAUUAUCAUCUUUAUGAUUGGCGGCACCACGUACGAGGAGGCUAAAAUGGUUGCUCAGGUCAAUGCCAGUUCUCCUGGUAUUCGUGUUGUUCUAAGUGGCACCAUGGUUCACAAUAGUACAACUUUCUUAGAAGAGGUCGACGAUGCUGUCAGCAGCUGGCCAGAGCCUAGUCCCACGUCGGCUGCAGGACGGCUACGACGAGAGGUUGGGCGAUAA